GUGGCACCAUGCAUAAACGUACAGAGAAACAGGUGGGGUCAAGCGGCAAGAGAUAAGGGGCCAGAGUAUAAAAAGGGCCCACAAGAGACCAGCUCCAGGAUCCCAAGGCCUAACUCCCCGAACCACUCAGGGUCCUGUGGACAGCUCACCUAGCUGCAAUGGCUGCAGGCUCCCGGACGUCCCUGCUCCUGGCUUUUGCCCUGCUCUGCCUGCCAUGGCUUCAAGAGGCUGGUAGGGUCCCAAGCAUACCCUUAUCCAGGCUUUUUGACAACGCUAUGAUCCACGCCUAUCGCCUGCACCGGCUGGCCUUUGACACCUACCAGGAGUUUGAAGAAGCCAAUAUCCCAAAGCAACAGAAGUAUUCAUUCCUGCGGAACCCCCAGACCUCCCUCUGCUUCUCAGAGUCUAUUCCCACACCCUCCAACAUGGAGGAAACGCAGCAGAAAUCCAACCUGGAGCUGCUCCACAUCUCUGUGCUGCUCAUCCAGUCGUGGCUGGAGCCUGUGCAGUUCCUCAGGAGUGUGUUUGCCAACAGGCAGGUGUAUGGCA